GGAAACAUUCCAUAUGAGGCCACAGAGGAGCAACUGAAAGACAUUUUUUCAGAAGUCGGGCUUGUUGUCAGCUUCAGGUAAGUGAGCAGUCUUAAGGCAACGUUCAACCUGCUUGAAACAAUUGCUGCUGUGCUCUAGGCAAUUCUUCUUCCUUUGUAAGCCUACACUAUUUUUCAGGUUAGUGUAUGAUAGGGAGACAGGCAAGCCAAAAGGAUAUGGCUUCUGUGAGUAUCAAGACCAGGAGACAGCCCUCAGUGCCAUGCGGAACCUGAACGGAAGAGAGUUCAGCGGCCGUGCUCUCCGUGUCGACAAUGCUGCUAGUGAGAAGAACAAAGAAGAGCUCAAGAGUAAGUAUGCACUGCAGUUCACUAUUUACCAUAAUGGAAAGUAAGCACUGCAGUGCACUAUUAACCACAAUGGAAAGUAAGCACCGCAGUGCACUAUUAACCACAACGGAAUUCACCACCACAUUGAUUGUGUUUACAUGCGCAGUAAUAACUCGAUAUUAAACUGAUUAUGGCAGUAGGCAGAUUAUGCAAUAGUCAUGUGAACACCUUGUUCUUAUCUUAAACCCUGUUUUCUGAGCGAUCUUUAGAAUUAUUAGGACAUGUAAACACCUUAAUUGGCGGUCCAGCGGUGUAUUUGAUCUGCGCAUGUGCAAGCACCAGCGGAGCGAGCCUCCCUCUUUAGCGCAAUUGAAGUGAGUUUGGAACAACUAAAUGAAUGCGUUUUAGAAGUAGUUCUCACAUACAAACUUUAUAUACCCAAAUUCAGAAUCAAAUAUGCUUCCCAAAAAUAACAUGGUCGCUGUCUUAGAAAAUGUAUUUUAAUUGGCGAUUUUCAGGUAGCCUGAUUUCAGAUGUGUCCAUGUAAACAGGAAUUCUUAGGGAAAUCGUUCUUCUUGCAGAGCAUGUCAACAUUUUCAUUGAACUAUACUGAACAAAAAUAGAAACGCAACAUGCAACAAUUUCAAAGAUUUUACUGAGUUUUACAUUUCAUAUAAGGAAAUCAGUCAAUUGAAAUAAAUUCAUUAGGCCCUAAUCUAUGGAUUUCACAUGACUGGGAAUACAAAUAUGCAUCUGUUGGUCACAGAUACCUUAAAAAAAAAAAGUAGGGGUGUGGAUCAGAAAACCAGUCAGUAUCUGGUGUGACCACCAUUUACUUCAUGCAGCGCAACACAUAUCCUUCACAUAGUUGAUCAGGCUGUUGAUUGUGGCCCGUGGAAUGUUGUCCCACUCCUUUUCAAUGGCUGUGCGAAGUUGAUGGAUAUUGGCAGGAACUGGAACACACUGUCGAUCCAGAGCAUCCCAAACAUGCUCAAUGGGUGACAUGUCUGGUGAGUAUGCAGGCCAUGGAAGAACUGCCACAUUUUCAGCUUCCAGGAAUUGUGUACAGAUCCUUGCGACAUGGGGCCGUGCAUUAUCAUGCUGAAACAUGAGGUGAUGGCAGCGGAUGAAUGGCACGACAAGGGGCCUCAUUCUCGUCACGUUAUCUCUGUGCAUUCAAAUUGCCCUUUGAUAAAAUGCAAUUGUGUUUGUUGUCCGUAGCUUCGCCAUACAUGCAAUGUUCCCUAAAAAUGUUUGGGGCACUGAGCAAAUUUUAGGUCAUGUGAGCGGAAACUUGAACAUUGUGAGAAUUUUGUGCAACUACAUUUACAUUUUUACAUUUAGCAGACGCUCUUAUCCAGAGCGACUUACAGUUAGUGAGUGCAUACAUUUUCAACUACACUGAGGAUGUACCCUUACAGUUUUAAACAGUAGCCAAUAGGCUAUUGUGGCUAUUUGAGCAUAAUGUAGGCCUACCAACAAAACCAAUGGCGCAAAUCCCAUAAUAUUUUCACAUGAAAAUAGCUUUUGAUUUCUAAGAUAUAGCCUACAGUAGCCUAUAUGUGGUGUUCAAUGCAGGCCUACAUUGCAUGAGACUUUUAAAAACCUUUUUACGUUAUGAAGGGCUUGACAUUAAUUCAUGAUUUUUUUUACUUGGUCUGUAGGUGACUGCAUUGUGUUGUAUGAUGCAAGAAACCACUUUUCAAAAUAAAAUGUAUUAUUAUUACCAUACAGAGAAUUAGACAAUGUAGGCUAGUCCUCUUGAACGCUCCCUCAUAACUUGAGACAUCUGUGGCAUUGUUGUGUGACAAAACUGCACAUUUUAGUGGCCUUUUAUUGUCCCCAGCACAAGGUGCACCUGUGUAAUGAUCAUGAUUUUAAUCAGCUUCUUGAUAUGCCACACCUGCCAGGUGGAUGGAUUAUCUUGGCAAAGAAGAAAUGCUCACUAACAGAGAUGUGAACAAAUUUGAGCACAAUAUUUGAGAGAAAUAAGCUUUUUGUGCGUAUGGAACAUUUAUGGAAUCUUUUAUUUCAGCUCAUGAAACAUGGGACAAGCAGUUGUUGCAUUUUAUAUUUUUGUUCAGUGUAUUAUAUUAAUCUGACAAUCCACAAUAAUUGCAUCAGUGUGUGCAUGUAACCAUACUCAAUGUAAAGUAUGCACUGCAGUGCACUAUUAACCACAAUGGAAAGUAUGCACUGCGGUAGAGGUGCACGGGACUGAUUUAUUCAUCCCACCCACAGCUUUUCAUACCGCACUCGCCCACACCUGCUGGCUUUCUGUCUGACUCCAUCCGCUACCACAAGAACUGGUCCCAAACCCAGCCGCAGUCCCACAAUGUUAUUUUAGGAGUAUGUGACGCAGCUGACUUGCCAGCCAUGGUCCCAGCAAUUUUUCACCCUAUAGGCAAAAUCGAAAUGAGCAAAAAUAACUGAUGAAAUGGGUUAAAUUCAGAGAUUCUCAUGUGGCCCAUUUAUAUUAGGCUAUCGGUAUUACUGGGCUAUAUCAGCCAAUAGGCUAGACGUAGUUUGAAGAGAGCAGAGUUGAAGAGACUUGUACUUUCUCUUGAGCUACAUUUUAUAACAAAAUCCAAUAAAAUUUUAUUUGUCACGUGCCGAAUACAACAAAUAUAGACUUUACCGUGAAAUGCUUACUUACGAGAUUUAAGAAGUAAGAAAAAUUUACGAAAUAAAAAAAGAAAUGGUAACACAAUAAAACAACAACAACGAGGCUAUAUACAAGUACCGGUACGGAGGUAAGUGACUAGGCAAUCAGGCUAUAUAAUAAACAGAGUAGCAGCAGUGUGUGUGUGUUGGAGUGUCAGUGUAGUAUGUGUGAGUGUUUGGGUAGAGUCCAGUGAGUGUGCAUAGAACUAGUGCAAGAUAGUCAGUGGCAAAAAAAAAAAAAGGGGGUCAAUGCAAAUAGUCCGGGUAGCCACUUGAUUGACUGUUCAGCAGCUUGGGGGUAGAAGCUGUAAAGGAGCCUUUUGGGCCCAGACUUGGCACUCCGGUACCGCUUGCUGUGCGGUAGCAGAGAGAACAGUCUGACUUCGGUGGCUGGAGUCUUUAGAAAAUGUUUAGGGCUUUCCUCUGACCGCCUGGUAUAGAGGUCCUGGAUGGCAGGGAGCUCGGCCCCAGUGAUGUACUGGGCUGUACGCGCCAUCCUCUGAAGCGCCUUGCAGUAGGAUAUCAAGCCGUUGCCAUAGCAAGCGGUGAUGCAGCCAGUCAAGAUGCUUUAAAUAGUGCCGCUGUAUAACUUUUUGAGGGUCUGAGGGCCCAUGCCAAAUAUUUUCAGCCUCCUGAGGGGAAAGAGGCAUUGUCGUGCCCUCUUCACGACUGUGUUGGUGUGUUUGGACCAUGAUAGGUCCUUUUAAUGAUGUGGACCCGAGGAACUUGAAGCUCUUGACCUGCUCCACUACAGCCCCAUCGAUGUGAAUGGGGGCGUGCUCUGCCCUCCAUUUCCUGUUGUCCACGAUCAGCUCCUUUGUCUUGCUGACGUUGAGGGAGGAGGUUGUUGUUCUGGCACCACUCUGCCAGGUCUCUGACCACCUCCCUAUAGGAUGUCUCAUUGUAGUCAGUGAUCAGGCAAACUUAAUGAUGGUGUUGGACUCGUACGUGUCCACAUAGUCGUGGGUGAACAGGGAGUACAGGAGGAGGCUUAGCACGCACCCCUGAGGGGCCCCAGUGUUGAGGGUAGGCUACCUUUUUAGGAGUGGGACGAUUUUCAGAUGGAGACAAAUAUGGGUGAUCAAUAUUUAUUUCUAGGCAAUGUAGUAAACAAUAAUAGCCUAAUUAUGUUUAGGAAGUACAUUUCCUUGGAAAGAUAACUGCCACUUGCUGCUUCGCCCAUGCAUAGGCUAUAGCCUACUCUGUUUAAUUGAGACCACACACGCACCUGAUCUCGCAGGUAUGGCUACUGAACUUGAAGCCGUAAGAAUGAUGAGAGCAGACACUUGCACUUUCUCUUGAGCUACGUUUUGCAUAUAGGAUAUAGCCUACCUUUUUUAGGAGGGUGAUCUGCAGGCAGAGACAAAUGAGUCAUCGAUCUUUAUUGAAAAUGUAAAGGUGUAACGCUCGCUCACCAUGGUAGCCUAUGCGUGUGUUGUGCCUUUUCACUGGUGAUCAAAUUAUUUGAUUGCACUUCAACUCACGUUGGUUGAGCGCCCUCCACUUCUUUCCAUUAUCAAAUAUUUAUUUACAGACACUAACCACAUUUCCAUCCAACCAUUUCAUGCGGAUUUACCUGAUGCAUGAGAAAAGUCAUGACCGGGCUGAUGGAAACAUGAAAUGCCAGUACAAUUUUAUAAAUGCCGAAUUUGUUAAUUCGACCUAGUGGGAUUUUGUUUUAAUUAUAUAUAUAUAUAUAUAUAUUAUUACAUUUUUUAGGGGGUAGAUCAGCUUUAAUAUUGCAGAUUGUAGCUUCCAUCAAUGUAGUUGUCUGCAUCACUUUUUGUGUCAGUAAAAUUAAUUAUGCGAGAAAUGCCGGUGGAAACGGCUUUAUGCGCCUUUAUUGAUAUCAAUCUACACACAAUACCCCAUAAUGACAAAGUGAAAAGAGGUUUGUAGAGAUUUUGCAAAUGUAUUACAAAUAAAAAAAACAGAUACCUUAUUUACAUAAGUAUUCAUACCCUUUGCUAUGAGACUUCUAAAUUGAGCUCCGGUGCAUCCUGUUUCCAUUGAUCAUCCUUUAGAUGUUUCUACAACUUGCUUGGAGUCAACCUGUGGUAAAUUCAAUUGAUUGGACAUGAUUUGGAAAGGCACACACCUGUCUAUAUAAGGUCCCACAGUUGAUAGUGCAUGUCAGAGCAAAAACCAAGCCAUGAGGUCGAAGGAAUUGUCCGUAGAGCUCUGAGACAGGAUUGAAUCGAGGCACAGACCUGGGGAAGGGUUCCAAAAAAUGUCUACAGCAUUGAAGGUCCCCAAGAACACAGUGGCCUCCAUCAUUCUUAAAUGGAAGAAGUUUGGAACCACCAACACUCUUCCUAGAGCUGGCCACCCGGCCAAACUGAGCAAUCGGGGGAGAAGGGCCUUGGUCAGGGAGGUGACUAAGAACCCGAUGGUCACACUGACAGAGCUCCAGAGGAUAACGACCCUAAGCACACAGCCAAAACAACGCAGGAGUGGCUUCGGGACAAGUCUCUGAAUGCCCUUGAGUGGCCCAACCAGAGCCGGACUUGAACCCAAUCGAACAUCUCUGGAGAGACCUGAAAAUAGCUGUGCAGAGACGCUCCCCAUCCAAACUGACAGAGCUUGAGAGGAUCUGCGGAGAAUAAAGGGAGAACUCUCCAAAUACAGGUGUGCCAAGCUUGUAGCGUCAUACCCAAGAAGACUCUAGGCUGUAAUCGCUGCCAAAGGUGCUUCAACAAAGUACUGAGUAAAGGGUCUGAAUACUUAUGUAAAUGUGAUGUUUCAGUUUAAAAAAUGUAAUACAUUUGCAAAAAAAUCCAAAAAUCUGUUUUUGCUUAGUCAUUAUGGGGUAUUGUGUGUAGAUUGAGGGAAAAAAACAAUUUAAUCCAUUUAAGAAUAAGGCUGUAAAGUAACAAUGUGGAAAAAGUCAAGGGGCCUGAAUACAGUCCGAAUGCACUGUAUAAUGCAACAGUUUUUGUGACAACCAUCAGUGCAGUUGAAAAUGAGAUGGAAACACAUUUAACUUGUAUUUUUUAUGGGGAUUUAACAGCAAAAGUUUUUGUGCACUACGUCAUCAUGCACAGCCGUUUUAUCUGCAAAAAGUAUGUUUGAUGGAAACGUCCCUGGUGGGAAAACGUGCAUGUUUUAUGCAGAUUUUAGAAUAUUCUCAUGAAAAUCUGUCGCAAAUUGGAGGGAAACCCAGCUACUGUUGGAAACUAUAGUCAAAUCAUAAUUUCAUUUCCUUGGCAAGAUAACUACCACUUGAAUCUCCGUCCAUGCAUAGGCAGCCUACUCUAUUUCAUUGAGACUAAACAUUCUAGGCGCACUUGAUCUCGCACGCCCACCUAGGAGAGGCAUGCUACUUAACUUGAAGCAGCGAAUUCUGAGUGUGUUAAUAAUGCGACAAAGAUGGGUUUUUAAUACAAUAGGUAGGCUAACGCAUGCAAAGCAGAAAGACGUCCGUUUGCAAAUAAUCUGCGGGACAACAAAAAUAUUUUCAUCCCAAAGUUGUCUGACCGCCCGCUCCCAACCGCAGCAUGAAACAUGCAGACCGCGUUGUAAUGAUCUGUCGGGACCCGCAGGUCUAUUGUCCCUCUACACCGCAGUGCACCAUUAACCACAAUGUAAAGUAUGCAUUGCAGUUCACUAUUAACCACAACAAACAACUGAAAAAGGGUUGGGACAUGUUUUGCUGCUUCUUAAUAAUUGGUAGAGAUUGAAGCUUUCAGCAUAACUCUUAGGACAUAACUCCUGUUGUCUCCUCCAGGUUUGGGGACGGGGGCCCCCAUCAUUGAGUCUCCCUACGGGGACAACAUAAUGCCAGACGAGGCUCCAGAGUCUAUAAGCAGAGCUGUGGCCAGUCUGCCCCCAGAGCAGAUGUUUGAGCUCAUGAAACAGAUGAAGGUGAGUUUUUCUCUACAGACUCCAGUUUCCUUGUAUUGAGAUUGUAUAUCAUCACAUCAUAGCAGGAUCGUCCAUGCAUAGACAGUCACUUGUGGAUAAAUUCAUUGGAAUACAUUGGACUCACAUUAUCAUGUGAUUUUCACCCUCCAGCUGUGUGUGCAAAACAGUCCCCAGGAGGCCAGGAACAUGCUUUUGCAAAACCCCCAGCUGGCCUUUGCCUUGCUCCAGGCCCAGGUGGUCAUGAGGAUCGUAGACCCUGAGAUUGCCUUGGUGAGACUUGGUUACUUGGAAGUACAGUAUCAUUCAACUUGGGUCAGUGCAAAUGCACACAAGUGAUAUGGGGUUAGGCGGAAGCCCCAGUGUUGUGGAUGUCUUACUGACUUUAGAGCAUAAUGGUUAAGAUUGUGUUCUUCAUAGACCUUGAGCAUUAAGUCAUUCAGAGAUAUUGUUGCACAUGUUGUCGUCAAGAGAAUUGUCAACGUUUAACAUGGAUGUUCCUCUGCUCAUUUGACCUCUGCUGUAGAAAAUGCUUCACCGUCAAACCCCAGUGCAGCCAUUGGUUCCCAACAGUCAAGCUGGACCAGUGCCAGUGGCCAACCAGCCUAUUCCACCGCCCAAUGCGCCAGUCUCCCAGUCGCAGCCAAUGGUGAAUCCACUUUGGCAGACACGUAUAGCUAAUCGUUUAAUUUAUUAGGAUUUAGAUCAACUGAAGACCAUCUGUCGGUUUUCUACAUCUAUGAGGUCAACCUACACAAUCUCUAAAGCUAAAUCUAGGAUCUACAUUUUAAUAAUUAUUUAAUAAUUGUUGCAUGAUGCAUGUGUGCUGUUCCAUGUCCUAAUGUCUGGUUGUGUGUGGUCGUCAGCCGGGCAUGCACAUGAACGGAGCCCCCCAGAUGAUGCAGCCCCCUCCCAUGGGUGGAGGACCUGGGCCCAUGCCAGGGCAGGGACCGGUGGGACCACCAGGUAGACACUCAUUCUCUCACCCGUUGUCUCUCUCUCUCUCUCUCACUCACACACACACACACACAACCACACAACCAUAGACAGCCUCUCAGUAUCCAGAAGUCAAAGGAGCACCCCUGUUGUGCUUCACCUUGCCAUUUCACCCCAGGUGGGAUACAGCCACCGAUGGGAAUGCCUCAGGGAGGUCCCGUUCCUAUCGAUAGGGGACAAGGUAAUCUAACAUGCCUGUGUCUCCAGUUAAACUAGUUUUAAUGGCAUUACAAUCCAUCCACCCAUCCAUCCUUAGUUGGGGCUUCAAUUGAAGUAUUUGCCAGUUAAGUCUUCACAUUAUCACCAUGUUUUUCAGGUCAUUUGUCAAAACCGUUAGUCUCUUUUUUGGUUUUGUUUCCACCAUUUUCCAGUUUCCCAUUUUGCCCAUCUGCUUUAUUUUCAUGUCUUCCUUUCCUCCUGUGCAUGUCAUUACUCUUUGUUGACACUUGGUGGCAGAGGAAACUAGUGGUUUAAGUGCCUCAGGCCUGAGGCCAAAUCAGGUGGCUGAAAUGAUGAUAGCAUUGCAGUUAGAAAUAAUAGAUCAGACAUGAUUGUCCAACUAUGUAAAGAUUAGCUAGACUAUUUUUUUAGGGGAUGCUGAAGUACAUUUCUAUCUGCAAUAUACACUGCUCAAAAAAAUAAAGGGAACACUUAAACCACACAAUGUAACUCCAAGUCAAUCACACUUCUGUGAAAUCAAACUGUCCACUUAGGAAGCAACACUGAUUGACAAUAAAUGUCACAUGCUGUUGUGCAAAUGGAAUAGACAACAGGUGGAAAUUAUAGCCAAUUAGCAAGACACCCCCAAUAAAGGAGUGGUUCUGCAGGUGGUGACCACAGACCACUUCUCAGUUCCUAUGCUUCCUGGCUGAUGUUUUGGUCACUUUUGAAUGCUGGCGGUGCUUUCACUCUAGUGGUAGCAUGAGACGGAGUCUACAACCCACACAAGUGGCUCAGGUAGUGCAGCUCAUCCAGGAUGGCACAUCAAUGCGAACUGUGGCAAGAAGGUUUGCUGUGUCUGUCAGCGUAGUGUCCAGAGCAUGGAGGCGCUACCAGGAGACAGGCCAGUACAUCAGGAGACGUGGAGGAGGCCGUAGGAGGGCAACAGCCCAGCAGCAGGACCGCUACCACCUCCUUUGUGCAAGGAGGAGCAGGAGGAGCACUGCCAGAGCCCUGCAAAAUGACCUCCAGCAGGCCACAAAUGUGCGUGUCUGCUCAAACGGUCAGAAACAGACUCCAUGAGGGUGGUAUGAGGGCCCGACGUCCACAGGUGGGGGUUGUGCUUACAGCCCAACACCGUGCAGGACGUUUGGCAUUUGCCAGAGAACACCAAGAUUGGCAAAUUCGCCACUGGCGCCCUGUGCUCUUCAGAUGAAAGCAGGUUCACACUGAGCACAUGUGACAGACGUGACAGAGUCUGGAGACGCCGUGGAGAACGUUCUGCUGCCUGCAACAUCCUCCAGCAUGACCGGUUUGGCGGUGGGUCAGUCAUGGUGUGGGGUGGCAUUUCUUUGGGGGGCCGCACAGCCCUCCAUGUGCUCGCCAGAGGUAGCCUGACUGCCAUUAGGUACCGAGAUGAGAUCCACAGACCCCUUGUGAGACCAUAUGCUGGUGCGGUUGGCCCUGGGUUCCUCCUAAUGCAAGAGAAUGCUAAACCUCAUGUGGCUGGAGUGUGUCAGCAGUUCCUGCAAGAGGAAGGCAUUGAUGCUAUGGACUGGCCCGCCCGUUCCCCAGACCUGAAUCCAAUUGAGCACAUCUGGGACAUCAUGUCUCGCUCCAUCCACCAACGCCACGUUGCACCACAGACUGUCCAGGAGUUGGCGGAUGCUUUAGUCCAGGUCUGGGAGGAGAUCCCUCAGGAGACCAUCCGCCACCUCAUCAGGAGCAUGCCCAGGCGUUGUAGGGAGGUCAUACAGGCACGUGGAGGCCACACACACUACUGAGCCUCAUUUUGACUUGUUUUAAGGACAUUACAUCAAAGUUGGAUCAGCCUGUAGUGUGGUUUUCCACUUUAAUUUUGAGUGUGACUCCAAAUCCAGACCUCCAUGGGUUGAUACAUUUGAUUUCCAUUGAUCAUUUUUGUGUGAUUUUGUUGUCAGCACAUUCAACUAUGUAAAGAAAAAAGUAUUUCAUAAGAUUAUUUCAUUUAUUCAGAUCUAGGAUGUGUUAUUUUAGUGUUCCCUUUAUUUUUUUGAGCAGUGUAUAUUUUGGUACAUUUUAACCACUAAAUGCACCUCUGCCACCUCAUCCACUUCAGCCAUCCAUGUCAGUUAGGAUUUAGUGCUGCUUUUUGUGUGUUCUGAACUCCUGCUAUGAAGUCUGGAGGCUUCUCUGUCAGUGUGGCAUGCGAUGGUGCGCUCCUAUGUGUUGCUGCUUUGCUCUCUGAGUCGUGUGUCUCCUGUUUUUUUCACUUAAUGCUGGCUCAGGAAACCUCCAGCACUCUCCCGUAGGAUCGUCUGGGCAGGCUGCUAUCGAGCGACCUCAAGGUAUCACCCACACCCUAACCCCAGGCUCCGGCCUGCCUCCCCCCAGACUCCAGCCAAGCCAAUAGUGGUGUUAUGGGCUGCCUAUAGCCUAACAACCAAGACUGACGCUAUCAUUUCCAUAUGUUUGCUAUGUUACAUGUAAAACACGAGGAACACCUAUUGAGGGCACACGUUGCACAUCAAACUUAAGGAACAUCUCAUAAAAGCAGAAGUUAUAUCCUGUCAGAAUAAAUCAAUUUGGAUAAUUUUGAAAUGUAUUAUUAGUCUGACUGUUCAUCCAGGAUUGCAUACAAGGAAUUAUUGGUGUUUACUUCAGGCUAACGAAACCCAUUGUCCUAAAACCCUGUAAUCUCAUAGUUGGAGAGAGGAGUGUGGUGCAACCGCAAAUAUGAACAAUAGUCCCAAGAUAAAAGUGUGAUGAAUGAUUUGAGUGAUUGCCAAAGAAGGCCCACAUUUGUAAUCGCCUGUUAAAUUCCAUGAUGAGGAAUGGGAUUAAUACAUUUAUUGUAGCACAAAUCUAUUUGUAGACAGACUAGACUUCUGCUGCUUUUCCAAUUUCAUGAUGACACCCGUGGCUUUUUUUCAUGUGUCACUAACACAUGCCUCUUCUAUUGAUGUGACCGGUCCAACAAUACCAGACGUGCAAGACGCAAGUAGGCAAGCCAGUUGAAAACAGAACCUUUUCAAAUAUAUGCCGUGCUCCUUUUGUGUAAAGCUCCUUCAUUGGUACUUCCUUGUUGCUCCUCCCUGUCUGUGGUGUGAUGGUGACCUGUGGUUAGUGUGUGUCCUGUAGUGUCUGUAUGACCUAUGGGAGUCAUAGUGAAAUGAAAUCAUCAUGGUCUGAUGAGUGACAUGACCAUAGAAUUAGAAUUGUAGUUCUAUGGAUGCAUUACGGUGUAGUGAGUGAUGUUGUGUUCUGUGAUAGGUGUUGUCCCUCCUACAUGUCUAUAGCUGACUGAUGUGUCCCCCCCUCCCCCUCAGGACCAGGUGGUAUCCCCCCCAGAGGACUGCUUGGUGACGGCCCCAAUGACCCCCGAGGAGGAACCCUGCUCUCAGUCACAGGAGAGGUCAUCGAACCAAGGUGAGAGAAGAGCCAUCGUUGUUAGUGUAGUUUUACCGUCAUUGAAUUAAUCAGUUGCAUUCUUAUAGCACCUUUUUUAAAUGUCUGUGAAAAACUGGCUUAUUCUGUGUUCUUUGUGUCCAGUCGAGGAGGAGGCUUCAUCGGUGCCCCCCCACCACACCAGGGGCCCCCCAUGCACAUGAACCAGAUGGCUGGCGGGCCUCCUCCGGACAUGAGGCCACCCCACGACAUGAGAGGACCUCCUAUGGGUGAACCCAGAGGCAUGAUGGGAGAGCCCCGAGGACCCCCCAUGGGUGAACCCAGAGGCAUGAUGGGAGAGCCCCGAGGACCCCCCAUGGGUGAACCCAGAGGCAUGAUGGGAGAGCCCCGAGGACCCCCCAUGGGUGAACCCAGAGGCAUGAUGGGAGAGCCCCGAGGACCCCCCAUGGGUGAACCCAGAGGCAUGAUGGGAGAGCCCCGAGGACCCCCCAUGGGUGAACCCAGAGGCAUGAUGGGAGAGCCCCGAGGACCCCCCAUGGGUGAACCCAGAGGCAUGAUGGGAGAGCCCCGAGGACCCCCCAUGAUGGAGCCCAGGGGACCCCCCAUGGAGACCAGAGGUAACCACAUCACAGUAUUAACAUCAAGUCCAAUUAAGUCUCUCUUAGCAGACAUUUUAUAAGAAGCUUUAUUGCCAUCAUUUAGAACUGUGUGCAAAACAGGUGGAAAAGCUCCUGUGCUUAGACUAGUUAGAUCAGAUCAGUAAUGAGUAAUCACGUGAGGAAUGGCUGUUGUUUCUAAAGGUCGCGACCCCAGAGCGGUGGACACACGUGGACCAGUGUCAGGCCAGAGGGUUCCCAUGGCCCAAGGAAUGCAGGGUCCCCCCCCUCACUCCAUGAAUCCUAAUGCCCCUCCACCUGCCAGACCGGUACGCCUACCUACAGCAAAUGUCUUUACUACAUUAGGUCUUCACUUGUCAAUGAAAACAGUUGUAAUAACUGUUUGUGGUUUUUUUCAGGGUCCUGGUGUACCACAGUCCGGAGGUAGCUUCAGCCCAGGGCAAAGCCAGGUGACCUCACAGGACCAUGAGAAGGUGGGUUUGUCAUGUCACCGUUGUGUCACGAUUAACUUUCAGUUUCACCUUAAAAUGCCUGGCUCGAUACUAGAAGAUAUUGGCUCAGAUUUAGUGUCGGCUGUCUAGAGAAAAUGGAGCAUCAAGUGCCUUCAGAAAGUAUUCACACCUUGACUUUUCCCACAUUUUGUUGUUACAAAGUGGGAUUAAAAGGAUAUGUGUGUGUAUGGAUGUAUAUGUGUGUGUGUGUGUGUGUGUAUGUAUGUAUGUAUGUACAGUGAGGGGAAAAAAGUAUUUGAUCCCCUGCUGAUUUUGUACGUUUGCCCACUGACAAAGAAAUGAUCAGUCUAUAAUUUUAAUGGUAGGUUUAUUUGAACAGUGAGAGACAUAAUAACAACAAAAAAAUCCAGAAAAACGCAUGUGAAUGGUGCUUGCCUACGGAGCUGUGAGGGGAACGGCACCUCCAUACUUUCAGGCUCUGAUCAGUCCCUACACCCAAACAAGGGCAUUGCGUUCAUCCACAUCUGGCCUGCUGGCCCCCCUACCUCUGCGGAAGCACAGUUCCCGCUCAGCCCAGUCAAAACUGUUCGCUGCUCUGGCACCCCAAUGGUGGAACAAGCUCCCUCACGACGCCAGGACAGCGGAGUCACUCACCACCUUCCGGAGACACUUGAAACCCUACCUCUUUAAGGAAUACCUGUGAUAGGAUAAAGUGAUCCUUCUACCCCCCCCUUACCCCACCCCAAAGAAGAAAAAAAACAUUGUAAAUUGGUUAUCCCACUGGCUAUAAGGUAAAUGCACCAAUUUGUAAGUCGCUCUGGAUAAGAGUGUCUGCUAAAUGACGUAAAUGUAAAUAUGUCAAAAAUAUUAUAAAUUGAUUUGCAUUUUAAUGAGGGAAAUAGGUAUUUGACCCCUCUGCAAAACAUGACUUAGUACUUGGUGGCAAAACCCUUGUUGGCAAUCACAGAGGUCAGACGUUUCUUGUAGUUGGCCACCAGGUUUGCACACAUCUCAGGAGGGAUUUUGUCCCACUCCUCUUUGCAGAUCUUCUCCAAGUCAUUAAGGUUUCGAGGCUGACGUUUGGCAACUCGAACCUUCAGCUCCCUCCACAGAUUUUCUAUGGGAUUAAGGUCUGGUGACUGGCUAGGCCACUCCAGGACCUUAAUGUGCUUCUUCUUGAGCCACUCCUUUGUUGCCUUGGCCGUGUGUUUUGGGUCAUUGUCAUGCUGGAAUACCCAUCCACGACCCAUUUUCAAUGCCCUGGCUGAGGGAAGGAGGUUCUCACCCAAGAUUUGACGGUACAUGGCCCCGUCCAUCGUCCCUUUGAUGCGGUGAAGUUGUCCUGUCCCCUUAGCAGAAAAACGCCCCCAAAGCAUAAUGUUUCCACCUCCAUGUUUGACGGUGGGGAUGGUGUUCUUGGGGUCGGCGAGUUGAGUUGAUGCCAAAGAGCUCGAUUUUGGUCUCAUCUGACCACAACACUUUCACCCAGUUCUCCUCUGAAUCAAUCAGAUGUUCAUUGGCAAACUUCAGACGGGCCUGUAUAUGUGCUUUCUUGAGCAGGGGGAACUUGCGGGCGCUGCAGGAUUUCAGUCCUUCACGGCGUAGUGUGUUACCAAUUGUUUUCUUGGUGACUAUGGUCCCAGCUACCUUGAGAUCAUUGACAAGAUCCUCCCGUGUAGUUCUGGGCUGAUUCCUCACCGUUCUCAUGAUCAUUGCCACUCCACAAGGUGAGAUCUUGCAUGGAGCCCCAGGCCGAGGGAGAUUGACAGUUAUUUUGUGUUUCUUCCAUUUGCGAAUAAUCGCACCAACUGUUGUCACCUUCUCACCAAGCUGCUUGGCGAUGGUCUUGUAGCCCAUUCCAGCCUUGUGUAGGGCUACAAUCUUGUCCCUGACAUCCUUGGAGAGCUCUUUGGUCUUGGCCAUGGUGGAGAGUUUGGAAUCUGAUUGAUUGAUUGCUUCUGUGGACAGGUGUCUUUUAUACAGGUAACAAAAUGAGAUUAGGAGCACUCCCUUUAAGAGUGUGCUCCUAAUCUCAGCUUGUUACCUGUAUAAAAGACACCUGGGAGCCAGAAAUCUUUCUGAUUGAGAGGGGGUCAAAUACAUAUUUCCCUCAUUAAAUUGCAAAUCAUUUUUGACAUGCGUUUUUCUGGAUUUCUUUGUUGUUAUUCUGUCUCUCACUGUUCAAAUAAACCUACCAUUUAAAAUUAUAGAUUGAUCAUUUCUUUGUCAGUGGGCAAACGUACAAAAUCAGCAUGGGAUCAAAUACUUUUUUCCCUCACUGUGUAUGUGAGAAAAAACAUAUGGGGGAUUGGAAGUGAUGCAGACAAUUACAUUUCAAUCUGAUUAAAAAUGUAAAAGUCACCAUUGGCCUCAUGGUGAAAUCCCUGAGUGGUUUCCUUCCUCUCCGGCAAUUGAGUUAGAAAGGAUGCCUGAAUCUUUGUAGUGACUGGGUGUAUUGAUACACCAUCCAAAGUGGCAUUUAAUAACUUCACCAUGCUCAAAGGGAUAUUCAGUGUCUGCUUUUUUAUGUUUAUUUUACCCAUCUACCAAUAGGUGCCCUUCUUUGCGAGGCAUUGGAAAACCUCCCUGGUCUUUGUGGUUGAAUCUGUGUUUGAAAUUCACUGCUCGACUGAGGAAUCUUACAGAUAAUUAUAUGUGUGGGGUACAGACAUGAGGUAGUCAUUCAAAAAUAAUGUUUAAACACUAUUAUGACACUCAGUCUAUGUGACUUGUUAAGCACAUUUUUACUCCUGAACUUAUUAUUUAGGCUUGCCGUAACAAAGGGGUUGAAUACUUAUUGCCUCAAGACAUUAAGGCAGUUCAUUUUUUAAAUUAAUUUGUAAAGAAAAAUGAAACAAAUAAUUCCACGUUGAUAUUAUUGGUUAUUGUGUGUAGGCCAGUGACUAAUCACAAUGUAAUCAAUUUUAAAUUCAGGCUGUAACACAACAAAAUGUGGAUAAAGUCAAGGGGUGUGAAUACUUUCUGAAGGCACUGUAGAUACUCAAUGACAAGAAGCUUAAACCCCAGCUUUUAUCAAAAGUCUUAAAUGAAAGGUCUCCGUCUCCUAACCUGUCAGCAGUGUGGGGAGGAAGUUAUUGAGGAAUGGGAUGAGGACAUCUCAAGCACUUAGUUUUGUGGGGACAACUUGGAGCUCAGUGCUUUCCUUGGCUAGCUGAAGAGUAACAAAUAUAAGUCAGGGCAACAAAAGAACCAAUGCAUUAGCACCCAAUGCAAAGCCAUUCAUUUCAAUGCAAUAAUAACCAAUGGAAUGCACUACAUGACGUAAAUUAGUUAGUCCAUGGAAAAUCUGAACAUGUUCUGUGUAAACUAUUUGGAAAGAUCUGACUUUCCCUUUCCAUCCAAAUGCUGUGCUUUUGGAGGUAUUUUGGUUUUAACCUUACUGCCUGUCAAUAUCUGAUCUGAGAGCAGAGUGGCUCACUAGUGUCAUUUUUUUUUUUGCAGGCCGCCUUGAUCAUGCAGGUGCUGCAGCUGACCCCAGAACAGAUUGCCAUGCUGCCCCCAGAGCAGAGGCAGAGCAUCCUCAUCCUCAAAGAGCAGAUCCAGAAGACCGCCGGGGCGCCC